CAGCAUUGAAGAACAGCUUUAGCCCAAGCAACUGCCGCAAAUCCUUCUGCGUUUCCCGUACGCAGUCCUGCAGAAACAAGUAGUGCCGCCAAGAAAGGCGAAGACAAGUAGCAGGCGAAGACGGUGCCAGUGGAGCACCAUCUGGAUCCGCCAGCCAAUAUCGACAGCAAAUGUGUCUGGGUCUGGAAGGUUGUCAUGCUGAAAGGGAACGGUAAGAAUGAAGUAUUGCAAUACACAGCUAAGUAAGCGUGGCAAAUUGUCGGGCUGCUAUGUGUUGCGCAUUAUUCGCAUGGCAAACUGCGUCGUUGCAUCACAGGCCAGAGGACCUUUUCGUGGGUAUCCCGAGUCAUGUCCGACGCGCGUGACAAAGACAAAUAUAGAAGUCUUCCAGACCCCGACCCAUUUGCAAUGCAUACCCCGAUAAGUGGUUCUAGGAUGGCUUCAAACAUCAAUCCGAUAUCCGCUCGUGGUCUCCGCGUGCCCAUUGGGUUCUUCAGGUCGCGAAAAAUGACAUGGUCGGGGAGAAGAUGGCUGGUGCGAAACGCGUCACACUGGUGGCAGCGCGUCCUCCUUAUCCACCUAGCCGUUUGGUGCGCAGCCAGAUCGCAUGGCGUCGAGGCCUCUCGCGAGAACCGGAGCACGAGAGCAAGUUGGUGCGAAGUUCAGUUUAAGCUAGCUAGACCGCAGGAACAACCUUCCAUUCUGGAUCCCCAGUCCAUGACGUGGCCGGAACAGAUCGAGCAGAGCCUGAGACACUGGCCUGUCGUCCUGGCUGUUGCCCGCAUGCUCAGGCGUAAUGGAUAUAAAUGGUGGCCCGCAUUUCAUCGUAUGACGGAUAAUGGAGCUACAUUAUAUUGGAAAGACGAUCGGAAUUGGAUAAGUCGUCUUGGAAGAAAAUUCCCGUCGGCUGCCUCUUGGCGGCACGAUGCUGACGGAAAGUGGCGGGUGCUCCACGACUUGCCUUCCCCCGAGACGGCAAACUUCGUUCGAACAAAUAUGGGGAGAGCAGAUAAUCAUGAUGGUGCCCCUAUAGUGUCAGUGAAUAUUUCGUUCUCGGACAUGCUAAACCUCAGGCUGGUUGGCGAUGCGGGCGUCCAAGGUUUUCUAGACUCAUCGCUGGAAGAUUGGCGUUUCAUUUUUACCUCCAACGUUCCACAUUUUCCGGAUCCAUCCUCUGACGUUCCACCUCCGUUUUUUUCUCCGGUUACAUCUUCACAUCGCCGGAUUGAUGUCCGAUUUCAUUUACCUCCAACGUUUUUUUCUCCGGUAAACACACGCGCGGGCCCACUCUUGAGGG